UCCCCGACCCGCGAACACAAGAUGGAAUCGAUAGCGGGUGUAACAUGAAUGCUGCAUUUCACACGUUCCCCUAGAUUUUUGGUGUUGCAGCGACGAUGAUGCACAAGGAGUCACAAAAUUAACUAGAGGUGUCGUGAAUUAAGGGGCGAGGAAAUGAAUUGCCUGUCGCAGGUGAUGAGCCUUGUACCGCAUGGUGGUCAAUCUGAGGUGCUCUGUAACCCAAUUCGUGGGCGAGUUUUCGCUCACCGUAAUGGAGAACUUGCGAGGUCAUCAGGAAUUUCGAAAUAUGGUUGCAGGAUGCGGCGGAUGGAAUUUCAUUUGGAGAUUGGUCGGAAAUGGGAUGGGCCGGCGGGUCGCUGGGAACAUCAUUGCUGUGCAUGUGAUUGGAGAGCUCUGCAUGCACCGGGACGUGAUUCAGAUAGACAUUUUGUUAAGAAGAAUCCUGUGCGGUGCGCGCAAGUCGUUCUGACCGAUUCGGAGUCUACAACGAGCGAGUGCCUGGCAAGCAGUUCAGAGAGAGGUUUGUUCCAGAUUGCGGGGCUCAUCGGGGCGGCCACGCUUGUAAGCAAGGUGAUAGGGUUAGCACGGGAAGCAGCGCUUGCAGCUGUUUACGGAGUGGGUCCAGUGAUGAAUGCAUUCAAUUAUGCAUCAAUAGUGCCGGGUUUUUUCCUGACGAUGCUCGGAGGAAUCAAUGGACCCUUUCACUCUGCUAUGACUGCCGCUCUCAGUAAGCGCCGGAAGGAGGAUGGGCAGAAGCUUCUCACUAGCGUAUCAUUGCUCUCUGGGUUGGCGUGUACUGGCUUCAGUAUAUUGAUCUUCUUAAACGCUGGCCUUCUUAUUGAUACACUAGCCCCCGGCCUGUUGGUGGCAGCUGACGGAAUUCUCACAAGGAGAAUUGCCAUUAUACAGCUAAAAAUGAUGGCUCCAUGCGCAUUGCUUGCAGCCCUAAUUGGAUUAGGUUUUGGCACCUUGAGUGCGAAUGGCAUAUUUGGGAUUCCAUCGCUGAGUCCAGCCUUGUCAAGUAUCUCCAUCCUCGCUGCAGUCGCUCUCCAUGUUUCAAUUUUCAGUCAUUUAAAUGCCACGCCUGCACAACAAGCUCUAGCUGGCGGCAUUAGCUUGGCGAUCGGGUCCACAUGUGGCGCCUUCCUACAGUGGGGGGUGCAAGUCUUUGCCCAGCAAAAAGUAGGUAUUCAUGGAUUACAUCUCUCCUGGAUCAACCCUUUCAAAGAAACGGGGAUUUAUGAAGUUCUGGCAGUUAUGGUACCUGCUGCACUAAAUUCUGGGAUGACGCAAGUAGCAACAUUCACGGAUCUUCACUUUGCCUCUUAUAUACCUGGUGCAGCUGCGGCACUUGGGUAUGCUAACCUGUUAGUUAUGGCACCGUUAGGGAUCCUCUCCAGCCCAGUUCUUCUUUCUCUACUCCCUAUCUACUCCCGGCUCACUCGCGAUGAGCAGAGACCAGCCCUGAGAGACUGUGUACAACAAGGACUCUUGCUAUCGAUGGCACUUACGUUGUCCCUGACAGCUGUCAUGAUUCCUUUAGCGCGGCCCACAGUUCGAUUUGCGUUUCAGAGAAGGACGUUUGAUGCUUCAGCCACCAGCAUGGUGUCAUCGCUCCUCACUUGCUAUGUUUCAGGGUCGACGUUUUACUUAAUGAGGGAUGUGCUAGUUCAAGUUUUCUAUGCCUUGGGUGACGGACGCACACCCCUUUACAUCACCUUGGCUGGUGUCGUUGCCAACGGCAUUUUCGACUGGCUUCUGGUUCGUUGCUCAGGUUUCGGAGCUGCUGGAUUGGUUAUAGCUACUAUGACCGUAAAUUUUGCCUCUGCAGGAUUGCUUCUUUCCAUACUUUCAAAGAGGCUUGAGGGAUUCCGAAUGGCGUGGCACCCGCCACUACUAGUGCUAAUGGGUUGCGGUAUCUAUACAGCCGUUGUGACGGAAGCUGCAUACGACCAGAUCUUUCUGCUCCUGUCUUCAUUCAUCAACUCUGGGAUGUCGAAUUUCUUGGCUCUUGGUUUGGCGACAAGUUUUGGAUUUGCGUCAUUCUUUGCGCCACUUUUGCUUUUUAGAUCCUCUGAAAUUUCCUGGGCGAUGCAACUUCUUCAAAUGAAAUCGAAAACUUGACAUCACUUCAUCCUUCCCGUGACCCCAAUGACAGAUGCGGUGUCAUGACAUGUUAGUGCAGGUCACAUAUUGGAACCUAUUAGUCCUACAUCACGUUUUUGUGGCAAAGGAUGGGAUUGAGAUUUUAACGUGGAAAAGGUUAUGCUGUCAGUUCUCCCACAGUUCAGGAGCAGUCUCUGAAGACCUCACUGCACACUGAGAUCUGGGAGCCUGCCAGAGUUCAGAGCAACGCAUGAGAUUGGGUCAGUAAUCAGAUUGUCUUGUUUUGACAUGCUAAAAGUAUUCAACUCAUCGUCAAGGUUGUGACUUCUAAGCCCUCUGGUUUACGUGGCAUGUGUAAAGUUUUCAGAUGGUCGAGAAAAGUUAAAAGAGCAACAUUAGAGGGAAUAUGACACGCUCGAAAUUGACGUGAUUGAUAGUUUGUUCAUAGUGACUAAUGGGUUUUUGACAAUGGACUGAUGAAGUUUGAUCGGAAGAAUGGCCAUUUCUGCUGCUUAUGUUUGGUGGUAUCAAAUUUUGCAUUA